AUGGAAACUGCGGUUUCAGGUCGCCAUAGAGACCGAUGCUGUGAGAAGCGAGAGGGCCUGGAGAAAGUGGCGACAGUGGUUGAAGAUGUAGAAAACAUGAAUAAAAGAGACCAACCAUUCAUGACAAUUCAGAGAAAUGAUAGCUCAGAUCAUCUGGUAUUCUGCAUGAAAAAUGGACUAAGAAGAACCAAAUAUAAACCAGUGGACUAUCAACAAUUACAUGCACUAACUGAAGCAGAAAAAUUAGCUACUGCUUCUAUACAACUAAAGAUCAAAAAAGCAGUACAGGCUUCAAAGAACUCUAAAGAGCUAACACUAAUCAAACAACACAAGCAAGUGUGGUGGCAAGAACACCAAAGACUAAAUGAACUCAGAUACAAAGUCGAAUCGGAAAUAAAAUCCUUUCUCAAUGAAGACAGCAUUGGAAGUGAAUGCCUUUCUGACCUUGUGGAUUUUGAACAAGACUUAUCAGAACAAUGGUGUGCAUAUCUGAAAAAUGUGAUCGAACCUAUUCAGCAGUUGCGAGCAGAUCUUAAAUACCGGCAGCAUCACAUUUUACAGCGUUCAGACAUACAUACUGACUCAGUGAAAGUGCUGGAAGAGGUUGAAUUUGUGAAGAAACAAUUCAUAGCUGUUUUUGAAAGACUUAACCUCGAACAAGAGAAAAUACAAAAUGAGCUUUCAGAUUGGAGAAUAAAGAUAUUAGAUCAUUCUUUAAAAGAAAAAAGUAAUCUGCUUGGUGAAUUGCCCAUGGAAUUGGAAUGUUUGGAAUGUCCAUACCCUGAUUUGAAAUCUUCAAUCCUUAGUGAGUUCUAUAAUUUUACAGAGAAAUAUCAAAAGAAACUUCAAGAUCUUGAUCUGCAGUUACAAGAUAUAUACAGAAAUUUCCAAUUAAGUGAAGAAGACCAUUGGAUUUACCAGGCUGUUUUGGAUCAGUAUCCAGGAAAUCUCUUUGCCAGAAGGACUCUGUAUCUGGACAUGUUACAAAGAUAUUUUCCCCAUAAAUCUAGGCAAGACCUGGUCGAACAUGAGAAAUAUUGUGAACAAUAUCACUUUGCUAGGGAGCAGCGAAAAAUUUUGCUAUCCAGUUGGAAUAAGAACAGGAGAGACUUUAUACAGAAGGCUGUGAUGACUCUUGCUGAGGCCUGUGCAACUCAUGGAAUGGAGAGUACCUUGGCUAAUGACAGGAAGAAACAGCAGGAGCUGUGUGCCAGUCUGAAAGCCAAGGUUCUUCAAUGGAGAGCCCACCAGGAAGAGGUAGCAAGGCUGGAAAUGGAUAUUUCUGCCAGAAUAAGAGAAAAGGAAAAGGAGAAAGAGAAACUAUGGAAGAAGAAGGAAAUAUUGCAAAGAAAGGAGACGAAACAAAAAAUAAGAAAAUACUGGGCCAAGAAAGAACAGAAGUGGCAAGAAAUGGAAAAGAGAGAUACUCAGCGUCUAGAAGAACUGAAGAAAUUAAUGGCUGAACAGUCAGUGAAAGACAGUAAAAGGGUUAAAUACAGACAAGAAUUAUUGGAAAAGCAUUUGCUGGAGAAAAAAGAAAUGGCCCUUCAAGAAGUACAAGAGGAAGAGGAGAAAGAGAAGCGACUAGAAACCCUCAGGAAGCAGGUUGCUAUUGUGGCUCAAUUUGAUCCUGUUAGAAUGAUGUCAGAUACAAUGGCAUGGAAAGCUAGGAUGGGAUUUGGAACUGAAGAAGAAUUUGUUCUUCAAAAGCCACUCUUCACAUUGAAUACAUACAAUGAACAGCAGAUAAUUUCUGAUCCUAGACUGCGCUUGGAGUUAGCACUUCGAGAAGCUGGACUUCUUAAAACAUUUUAUGCCAAAGAGAUAUUUCCAAAAAUUACUCCUCAAAAACCUCCAAGAAAAGACAUGGAGUCUACUUUAUUUAAGAUUUAG